AUGAAUGGUAGGCUGGCCUCCAUUAGACCGCUUCCCCCUCCAUAUUGAGGAAGUGUCUUCUCAUUAGGAAAAAGAGAGAGAGAUUCACAGGAGCCUUCUCUCUAUGGCCAUCGAGCGGCAGCACCGCCCGAUAGACAAGGAAUUCGAAGAGGCCGACUACAGUGGGAUUCUUGAUAUAUCGGCCAGAAAACUAAGGCUCUUUCCGAAUAUAGGAGACGAUGUGUACGAUCCGUUGGAGAUAUUCACAGCAGUUGUCUCUGGUAACAGGUUUGACAAGUUUCCAAAGCAACUCCUCAGAUGUGAGAAUCUCGUUUCGCUCAACCUUCACAAUAAUUCGCUGAGAUCAAUACCAGAGGAAAUCAUCAGAUACUGUGAACUAAAAGAGCUGUACAUUAGUCGAAAUUUCAUUCAAGCCUUACCAGCAUCAAUAGUCUCAAUGGGAAAGUUAACACUGCUGGCAGCUAAUAAUAACAGAUUGACUGAUUUACCUUCAGAUAUUGGGAAAAUGAAGUCAUUGAAAAACUUAGAUGUCAGUUGUAAUGAUUUGGUUGAUUUACCAAGUUCUAUUGUUGACAUGUUAUCACUGACGCAUUUAAACAUAAGAAGAAAUGAAAUAAGGACAUUACCAGAUGGUCUUCACAAAGUUCCUCUCUCCUUUCUUGAUGUUUCUGCUAACAUGUUAACUCGUCUUCCUCCUAGUCUAAGAUAUUUAAAUACACUCACUGUCUUCCACUGUCAGGACAAUCCACUGGAAUGGCCUCCAGCUCAGACUUGUAUUCGGGGUAUUAAUCAUGUUUUCAAGUUCCUUCAGGAGAUAGAGAAAUAUGGCGGUGAUCAAGUCUCAAUGGGUAGGGAUGAGAGCUUACUCAGAAAGAGAAAUAAAAUCAAAAAGGCUUCGAGACCGAUAUCUGAUGCAUCCACACUCAGUGGGAGUGGAUCAGAUUUCGGUGAGAGAAGCUUUGUAGAUGAGAUGACUAAUCUUGUUCAGUCAGCUUUUGGAUCAGACGGGAUGUCACUAUCCACCGGUGCUGCCCCAAGAGGUGGGAAUGCUCUAAAGUAUUAUUCAAAUUAUUCUUAUGAGGAGAGAAGUCCGUAUCGUAACGUUAAGAUGAAGGAAGAGCAAUUAGCUCGGUAUAAUUACAGAUCACAAUCACCUGGUCCAUCCGGAAGAAAUUCUCAGCAGCAACAGCAGCAGCAGCCAGCUGUCAACAGCAGUCAGUCAGGCUCUCAUUAUGGGACUCUACCACGGACUAACAGAGGGGGAGGGGGAGGGGCGGAGGUUACCAUAGAGACAGAGGAAGUAUCUUAUAGGAGGUCAACGGUGGCAAGCACCUCGGCUCAUAACAGGAUAUCCAGUCCUGUGUUUCCUGAUAGAGUAUUGAGAGCUCACUCGUCCGAACCAAACAGCUCUUCAUCAGAUAGAGAUAAGCUAUAUCCUCCUGGAAAACCAGUUGAUUACAUUCCUCAAGGCUCCUCCACUCCAGAUCAUCAUCAUUCCAGACACCAUUAUGACUCAUCUGAAGAGAAGGAAGAUGAUAGGGGAGGAGGGGAUCGUCCCAACACUCCUCCGUCUCGUGAGGGAAGUGUCACGCCCACUCCUGAGGAUCUUGAUCAAGAGGAGCCCUCGACACCUAAAGAGGCCAAAUCCCAAUAUCCUAGACCAAAGCUUGAAGAGAUGACACAAGAGUUAGGUUCAAUAUCAGAUCUGGAGGGACUAGCCAGUUCCCUUGGAGUGUCAAUAGAAGAGCCUUCAUCUUGUCAUGAUCUGUUUCAGAAAUGGCUCGAGGAUAAUCCAACCUACACUUGGAGUGAAGUCCUUGUGGCGUUAAACAAGAUGGGAGAGAGCUCACUCGCACUAGAGAUAGACAAGAAAUACAAGCUCUCAUCAUUUGAUCUACAGGCAGCAAACACAAGUACAGCUUCUUGUAACACACCACAGCAUCAAUCAGCCGGUAAACAAGUAUCGUUCUCAGUUAACGUCUCUGAGAUUCCUCGUGAUACCAUACCGUCAUUAUCCUCAGAGGAUGACAUUUCCGAGGGUAGGGACCAAUCGCUGUCUCCCUCAGUCACCUCUGAUGAUGUAGCUGUGGAGGAUAUGGAAGGGGAACCUCCCCCUUCUCCUCUCUCUCCCAUCUCUCCUACUCACUCUGAGAAACCUAAAGGACCCGAGCCGCCACCUAAACCUAAAACUAAAGAUACCAGUACAACAUGGCCAAGACAGAAAGGCCAGGGUGGGCCUCAGAAGAGAAAGAAGGACGUCUUUAAGGUCAUUGGGAAACAAGACCCAAACUUUACCGUACGUCGACAGCAAGCAAACAUGCAGCAAGAAAUGGAGAAGAUACAAAGCGUGAAGAAAGACAUUGAGGAGCUAUUAGGUACUAAGCUUGCUGAUGAUUUAGGCGAGAGCAUAUCUGACGGGGUCUUGCUCUGUCACCUUGUCAAUAAACUGCAUCCAAGCACAAUCUCAACCAUUCACGAACCAAAAGGAACAGAACCACUAUCAGCACCAAAACAAACUAUGAAUGUUGCUGCAUUUCUCGCUGCUUGCAAGAAAUUGGGCGUAGAAGAAACUAUUGUGUGUUCAGCUGGUGAGAUAUUAGAAUAUAAGGAUCCUGUUAGAGUAACUGGAUGUAUUAGAGGAUUACUUGAUACAGUUUCUGUUUAAGAGAGUGUGUGUAUUGAUUAGUGGUGGUGGCCGUAGGUAGUGAAUCUAUUAUUAUUAUUAUUAUUAUUAUUAUUAUUACUAUUAUAAUACUAUUAUAAUUAUUAUCUUUUUUACUUGUAGCACGACGACAUUUUUAAACUCAUAUUUUGUCUUGUAAUUAUUAUCAUUAUUAUUAUUAUUUAAUAUUGUUAUUAAUUGUGUAUUGUUGUUAUUAUUGAUACUAUUGUUUAUUAUUGACUGUGACUUAAGUAAAUUCUCUACAGUGCAGACCAAAAA